UUUCUGCACGCGCUUCUUUCAAUUUAGGCCAGGUGUAGUUGGGAUAGCAUUAUCUUAUUAUUCUUAAAAAUGGAGGACGAGGAAGUUACAACUACAACUGAAGAACAGCCUGAAGAGCAAAUAGAAGAUGAAGAUGACAGUGCUGUAGUUCAGGAGCUUGAUGAUAUGUUUAAAGAUCGAUUUACCGAAAAUGACGAGGCUUUUAUGGCUGUUGUGAACAGAGAAGACAUUCCUCCACCAGUGGUUACAAAUUUCCUUGAUUUGAAAUAUCAAAGAGACAGAGAUGACCGCUCAAGACACGGUGAUAGAUAUCAUGAUAGGGACAGAAGAGACAGUAGAGGAAGUGACAGAUCACGAGAAAGAGGGGACCAUCGCCGAGACAGAUCAAGAUCUCCACACCGUCACAGUGCUCCAAAGCUGCCAAACAGCUAUUACUUUUUUUAUUAUUAAAAAAACUUUCUAUUCACUUGAUUCUUCUUAUCUUAAACAAUGUUUAUACAUAUGAGAAAAUAAUAGUAUGUAAAAAACUGUUGGUUUUUUAUUACUAAACAGAAAACAAAGUUUUA